CUGAUUGGGCCGCUCGGCCGGAAGUAAACAUCAUGUGACGGCGCAGAUCAGCUGAUCCUCCGUGGACAUCUUUACGAGUCACGACUGCCGCAGAUUAAUUCAUCCACCUCCUCUGAGCUUUCCGGGAUCAUCUGACAGCUGCGACCAUGGCGCUCAGCGAUGCCGACGUACAGAAGCAGAUCAAGCACAUGAUGGCCUUCAUCGAACAGGAGGCCAACGAGAAGGCAGAAGAAAUUGAUGCAAAGGCCGAAGAAGAGUUCAACAUCGAGAAAGGCCGCCUGGUGCAGACCCAGAGGCUGAAGAUAAUGGAGUACUACGAGAAGAAAGAGAAGCAAAUCGAGCAGCAGAAGAAAAUCCAGAUGUCCAACCUGAUGAACCAGGCUCGACUGAAGGUGCUGAAGGCCCGGGAUGACAUGAUCGCGGAAAUGCUGAAUGAGGCACGCCAGCGGCUCGGUACCGUCGCAAAAGACCCAGCCAGGUAUCCAGCUCUGAUGGACGGGUUGCUUUUACAGGGAUUUUAUCAGCUUCUGGAGCCCAAAGUGACUAUUCGCUGCCGUAAACAGGACGUGCAGAUGGUACAGGCUUCCAUCCAGAGGAAUAUUCCCAUCUAUAAAGCAGCUGUGAAGAGCAACCUGGAGGUCCGCAUCGACCAGGACAACUUCCUUUCCCCGGACAUUUCUGGAGGUGUUGAGAUCUAUAACGGUGACGGGAAGAUCAAGGUGGCCAACACCCUGGAGAGCAGACUGGACCUCAUGGCUCAGCAGAUGAUGCCUGAAAUCCGAGUGGCUCUCUUCGGUGCCAACCCGAACCGCAAAUUUCUGGACUGAGCAGCUCCGAUGUGUAUUCUCCUGUUUAUUUUUUAUUUUGUCAUAUGAAAAA